UUUCUAUAGCUCCAACAUUGUUUAAAUAAAUACUAUACAUAGAAUCAUGGCUACGAGGGUAAAGCUCCGAUCGAAGAUGGUUGUUUCUCUGCUCAUAAUUCUCUCUUUUGCUCUAACAGCAUUUGCAGAAGAAUGCGAGUCGAAAUCAGAUGGUGGCGGUCGAGGGUGUCACGACAAGGCGAAAUCUUUGAAGCUAAAGCUGAUUGCAAUAGCUUCAAUCUUGAUUACUAGCAUGAUUGGAGUGUGUCUGCCGUUGUUCUCGCGCGCAGUCCCAGCUCUUAUGCCCGAUAGAGAUUUGUUUGCUAUUGUCAAAGCCUUUGCUUCAGGGGUUAUAUUAGCAACUGGGUACAUGCAUGUAUUGCCCGACUCUUUUGAUUGCUUGAGGUCCGAGUGUUUGCCUGAAAAUCCUUGGAGGAAGUUUCCCUUUACCACGUUUGUUGCCAUGUUGUCGGCUUUGUUCACGCUUAUGGUGGAUUCGUUUGCAAUGAGUUAUUAUAAGAAGUGGGGUAUUGAUAAUGGUGCAACUGGAGGUGGUCAUCAUCACCAUAUAAAAGGAGCUGAGGAAUUGGGGAAUCUUGCGGUUGAGGAUAACACUGAUGGGAAGGCUAAUUCGGAAGUAUUGCUAAGGCACCGUGUCGUGGCUCAGGUACUGGAACUUGGAAUUGUAGUGCACUCAGUAGUGAUUGGUCUGUCAAUGGGGGCCUCAGAUAAUCCAUGUACAAUCAGACCACUCAUUGCUGCUCUCUGCUUCCAUCAACUCUUUGAAGGAAUGGGUCUUGGAGGAUGCAUUCUACAGGCUGAAUAUGGGAUGAAGAUAAAAGCAAUGAUGGUGUUUUUCUUCUCAGCAACCACUCCAUUGGGUAUUGCACUAGGAAUUGGUUUAUCAAAUGUAUACAGUGAUAACAGUCCUACAGCUUUAAUUGUUGUGGGAUUAUUAAAUGCUUCAUCGGCAGGAUUACUGAAUUACAUGGCAUUGGUGGAUCUCUUAGCAGCUGAUUUUAUGGGACCUAAACUGCAGCAAAAUCUGAAGCUUCAGAUACUCGCAUAUGUUUCAGUUCUACUAGGAGCUGGAGGCAUGUCAUUAAUGGCAAAAUGGGCCUAGGCAGUCUAGAAUACGUAGACAGUUCGGAAUAUCUUCAUUUUUUGAAAUUAUUUUAAUUUUUUUUGUAAAAAUCUAGGAAUUUCUUUAUUUUUGAGAAUCAGGAAUGUCUUUGAUGAUUUAUUUGAGUAUCCUUGGUUUUACAGUAA